GGUUUUGCUUGCUUGCAAGAUGUCGAAACGUAAAGUACAAUUUGCGGAAAAAGAAUGCGAAGAAAUCCAGGAGGCAUCUUCCAUGCAGCGAAUCAAGCUCCAUUCUUUGGAUAGUGAUGACGAGGAGGACAAAGAUGAUGAAAAUACCGACGAAAAAUAUGUCUUACAAGAGGAAGAUUUAGAAGGGCAAGAGGAAGCAACGAUCGACUACGAUGAAGGAAUCAAAAUAACGCCUUUCAACUUAAAGGAAGAAAUGGAAACAGGGCAUUUCGACGCUGAGGGAAAUUAUUUCGAGAAAAAAGAAGAAGUGAUUCGAGACGAAUGGUUGGAUUCGCUGGACUGGGUGAAAAUUAAGCAGCAGGGAGAGCAAGGUACAAAGAAUCUGGACAAUGAGGAUGACAGCAACUUCGAAGACGCCGAAGAACCAGGUAACGAAAUAAACGCCAUGAAAGACAUUCUAGGCAUCAUUUUACCCGGAGAGACAGUUCUGAAAGCACUCAGGCGUCUGGGUGGGAAAGAAAGCGGUCGGGGUAAAAGCUCCUCUGCAAGUGCACGUUGGCAGACAAAAGCAAAGAAACAAAAGGUUUCGGAUGAGAGCCGCGAAAGUUCAACAUCGGAAGCAGAUAAACAGAGUCUCUUAAAGCUUACUGAGUUAGCGGACUAUCUUCUUCAAAGAGGUAACUUUGGUGUUUACCAAGAUACGUAUGAAAAGUUGGCUCAUAAAGUGAAAACCCUGGAAGAAAAACAAAAAGAGGAUGAGGAAGAUGAUGCUCUGGAGGCCGCUUUUAACGAGGGGGGAGGGGAGCGUGAGGAUACAGCUAGCAAAAAUGGCAGUGGGAGGGUGGACAAUACUGAAAAAGAGCCAGCUAGUGACAGUGAAGUUUAUUGGCAGUAUAAGUGGGAAAAUACUAAAGAUGCCACUAUUUAUGGACCUUACAGCUCUACUCAUAUGAUGAAAUGGACUGAUGAAGGAUGUUUUGGUGAUGGUGUGUGGGUGAGAAAAGUGGGUGAAGAUGAUGAAGGUGGACAAUUUUAUAAUUCCAAACGCAUAGACUUUGAACUAUACACUUGAGACAAAAAAUGAGACAGUGCCAAUUUGAUAUAAAGUGCUUUUGAUUAUAACACACAAUUCGAUAAUGAUGACACAACAUAGGUGAACCUUUCAAAGUCAACCAGACAAUAUGAUAUGUACAUGCUCAUAAAGUGAUUUCUCUGAAAAAGCAUUUUUGUCAGGUGGUCACUUGCACUUUUCGUUUACAAAGCUUAUGUAGCUGAAGCUGUAGCAGGGUAUCCAGUUAAACCAGCCUACACAAACAUCAGAAUUGCUUUUUGGGUUAGGAGAGCAAUGUAUGUUAAGCAGGAUACAUAAUACUGGUAGUACCUGAAAAUCAUUUGUAAGGGGAUUUCUGGUUGUUGUAUGAGAUUAGGUCAACCAACUAGUAAAAAUUGUAGAAGCUUCAGGAAAAUAAUGAGCAUAAUAAGAAAGGCACAACUGUGCAAGACAGCUAUCCUACAACAUGACCAUGUUAGUGAGUAUCUAUGUGAAUAGUGGAAAUUGCAGCCAUUAUUUGUGAGGAAUAAGGUCAGAGCGUGGUUUGCUAGGAAUUAUGUAUCUAUGUGUUGAAAAGUCUUUUGUUUUAGGCAUUGAAGCUGUGUUCUUACACAGGCUUGUAAUAGAGGUGUCAGUGGACAAGCCUGUGAAAUACUGUAGCAUAGGGCAAAAAAGAGCGAGCAAAAAAAGUGGGGGAUUGGGGAAAGUGGCGCUCCCCAUUUUCCUCUCAUUAAAUUCUUUGUUUGCUUUUUCUACCAGCCU